GCCAGGCAAAUAAGGACAUGACAGAGUGACUUUGGUUACUGAAGCCAGCAUAUGAGAAUGCGUGUGCUUUAUUAACUCAAUUAAAUUUAAUACAACACCAUUCCCAUGGUACAUUGUUAGAAAUUAGGUGGAGAAAUGUCUACACCUUUAAGAAGUACAAGAUAAGAUGUCUGUUUUUAGCACUCGCCGCUCAUCAUUAAAAAUAGCGAAGCGUGUGAGAACGCAGCAGCUAUACUUCAUAUGCUGUGCGGUCCCUGGCAGAAAGCUGUACCCCGGAACGUGUAUUCAUUUUGGUCUGGUCUUCAUCCGGGAUUGGAUUGCUUAAUGUAAUCUAGGCAGUUUACCAUCAUUUCUGUUUCAUCUGACGGAUAACUCAAAUAAUAUAACCUGCAAUUGCCACGGAGUUGGCCACCAGUAACUGAAGUCGGUUUUUGCCGGUUUGUUGUUUCUUGUAGGUGAAAAUAUAUUUGGAUUUUAUAAUGGCGGAUUAUCAAGAAGACAACCGCUUUGAAACAGUAGCCUAAAUGAAACGCUGUUAAUCGUCGGAUAUAUUUUGAUAAUAAGAAAGCAACAUGUGUGCUACAAAAAUGUUUAUGAGCAAUAGAUGUGGGUAGUAUAUUUUCAAUUUGCCAUACAUAUCGCACUCGAAUAGUCACAAUCCAGGAAGAGAUCCAACGGAUGUAUCAAAAUGACCCAACGCCAAACCGAAAAGCUAACGGUUACUUCAUAUCUGAUCUAGCCAGCUAAGAAUUUUUGUUCAUUUUUAUUUUUUUGCUUUCAUUUGACGUUGUCCUCGAAGAAACGACUCCGAAAUCGUUUUGAAUUUCUCUCAGUCUGGCGAACUUGGCUUUCUUUCAUAUUAUUUUCUAUUUAGUAGCAACAUUUCAAAUUUGGGAUCUUCUAACUUGGACUGCGGUGAAAAAGCAAGUAUAAAUCCAAAUAUGGGAACUCAGGGUACUGGGAGGAAAAGAAUUCCUAACAGGGAGAGACUGACGGCCGAAGAUGAUGCCUUAAAUCAAAUAGCCAGACAGGCUGAGGCGAGGCUCGCAGCUAAGAGAGCGGCACGGGCAGAGGCUCGAGAGAUCCGCAUGAAGGAGCUGGAGAGACAACAGAAAGAGAUCUAUCAGGUCCAGAAGAAAUACUACGGCCUGGACAACAAAUGGGGUGACAUUGAGCAGUGGAUGGAAGACAGUGAGAGGUACUCCCGCCACUCACGGAGAAACACCUCGGUCUCAGAUGAUGAAGAGCGGAUGUCAGUGGGGAGCCGAGGCAGCUUAAGGUCGGAUCUGGACCCGGCAGGAGCCUACGGAGGGGCGAGCGUUGGGGGAUCCACUCAUUCGCUCAAGAAGUCAAAGAAAAAGAAAAAGAAGCACUCCCGGGCCAGCAAUGGCUAUGAGGAUGAUUACAGCAUAAUAUCCAGUCGGAGCUCGAGGCUGAGCGACGAGAGCAAAGCGUCCAGGCCGCCACGACUCGACCUGCAACUGGGAAACUACAGCUCCUCCGACCUGUACAGUACCAACAGCCUUCCCUCCUCCAGACUGCCAAGCUCCACCCAGAACGGCUCCAGGCCGUCCCUGCUGUGCAGCGACGCCCCCCACUCUCGAAGCCUCAGGGGAUCUGUGUAUGAGGACAGCUUGUACAGCAGCGCACGGCGAUUUAGUGGCUCCAGUUCUCGUGCUCCAUCGGAGUACAGUGGCUUUCUGGGGUCCAACUCUCGCGCUUCUUCCAGGGCCAGCUCUGCCCGCGCCAGCCCAGUGGAGGACUCCGGCUCAGUGGCCAGCAUCCUGCGCAGUGCUGCCAGCGGGAGCAGUGUCAUUAGAAGCUUAGAUGACAUCAGCAUCCCUGAGCUGCCGGACGUGGAAGAGAGGUCGGACAGAGACUUUCUGGAAAAGGGGUCCCGGACCGCUUCCACCCUAUCGGCCGCUACCCUCGCCUCGCUGGGCGGGACUUCCUCCCGGAGAGGAAGUGGCGACACCGCCCUCUCGGUCGACACGGAGGCCUCCAUUCGGGAGAUUAAGGAAAUUCAUGAGCUGAAGGAUCAGAUUCAAGAUGUGGAAGCCAAGCACAUGCAGAGCCUGAAAGAAGUCAAGGACUCUCUGGUGGAGGUGGAGGAGAAAUACCGUAAGGCCAUGGUGUCCAACGCCCAGCUGGACAAUGAGAAGUCCAAUCUGAUGUACCAGGUGGACACUCUGAAGGACUCUCUAAUGGAGCUGGAGGAGCAGCUGUGUGAGGCACGCCGAGAGUUUGAGGCGAAGGCCAAGGAUUUUGAGCGUGAGAAGUAUGCCCACAGCGUGCUGCAGUUCCAGUUCAACGAGAUGAAGGAGACCCUAAAACAGAGCGAGGAGCUGCUGACCGAAAUCCGUCAGCUCCGUAUGAAACAGGACGGCUUUGUCAGGGAGAUCUCUGACCUGCAGGAAACCGUGGAGUGGAAGGAUAAAAAGAUUGGGGCCUUAGAAAGGCAGAAGGAGUAUUCUGAUGCAAUCCGGAAUGAGCGGGAUGAGCUCAGGGAUGAGGUGGUCCAACUGAAAGAUGUUCUAAAGAAACACGGGAUAGUACUGGGGGCUGACCUGACAACCAAUGGGGAAGCAGGAGAAGGUGUACUCGAUGGGCUGGCCAAUGCAGACUCUGCUACAAGAUUGGCUCAGGACUCCCAGACACCCCAUGCGGGCGGUGACGGCAUGCUAGGCAAAGUCAAGGAGGCACAGCUGGGAGGUAGAGAUGUGGAGGAGGUGGACAGUGGAGCGGUCUUGGAUAAAGCUUCAGUUCACCUAAAGAAAAGGCAGCAAGGGCAGACAGAAUCUCUAGAAGAGCAUGAUAAAACAAUGAUUCCAGGCCAUCCAAGUGAAGAUCAUGUGUCUUCACAAAACUCCAGCCGUUAUUGUGAAAUAACUGAAAGACAGUACCCGGAAAAGGUCCGGUCUGACUCGACCACGAGCACUGAUGAGGUCGCACCUGUUGAUACUGGGCACAGUAAUGGCGUAGAGUCAUAUGCCUGCCCCCAUAGCAUCACAGAGUCUGACAACAGACCUGUCUGUCACCCUGAGGUACAGGUGGUUAUAACAGGCCCAGAGGAAGAGAUGACGGGUGAAGUAGAAAGUGUAGGAAACAGCGCAGAUAAGGGAGAGAACAAGGUCAUUCAUGAGAGGUCAGAAGAUGUAGGUGAAAGAUGUAACAGUGCUGGGUUAGGAGAGGUGGAAAGUGCUGCUGAGAAUAAUCUAGAAGCCAGAUCAGUUAGUGAAGCCCUUGUACAGGAAAAAUCAAAGGACGAAGUAGCGUAUGAAAAUCUAAAUGCAGUACAAGAUGCAGCACAGGGGGAUUUCAAAGAGGGCUUUGAAAAUACAGAAUCAUGUGUGGAUGGAUCCAUCCAAAUUGAAGACAUGUUGGAAAACGCUGCAGAGAGCAGUGCACUGGAGUGCCACAAGAAUGACAGCAAAGACACAGCCGAAUGGCUAGAAACCAACCAUCUCAGCCCAGAACAGGGAAGUGAGAUAGAGGAGUUUAGAGACAGAGAUGGGGCAGAAAAAGUUUUGAAAUCAGCUAAAAUGGGUGAGUUUGGGGACAUGAAGAGUGGUGAGGAUGACGAGAAGUGUUCAAGUUUGGCCGCAAAGGAUCCUGGCUCAACAGAGGUCCCCAAUAUGGAACAAGGACCAGGGACUUUUGCCAUGGAUUCAAAGCAACUCAAUGGCGCUGAUCAGGACAAAGCUCAGUCAGGUGACUCUUUGACCACAGGCUUGCCUCAUCCUCCGACAGCUCAACAGAGCCAACAGAAAGCAGAAGAACCCCCUGCACAGACGGCCACGAAUACACCGCAACAAGAUCGAAGUGGCGCCUCAGGAAAAAAGAAAAAAAAGAGGAAGAAGAAAGGCAAGAAAGGUGGAGUGCAUGAGAGCAGCUCCAAAGAAUGUGAAAAACCAGAUGACGAUGAUGGGGACAUGCCGGAGAGCAGCGUAAGUACAGUGGAAGAGUUAGUAGAGCAAGCUGAGAUAUCCAGCAGGGAGCACCUCACAUCAGAAAAAGGGGAGAAAUCUGAGACCAGCACUCUACCGGAAGGCUUGGAGGAUGAUACCAUGACUAAUAGAGAGAACAAACCCUCACUCUUUGAAGGAGAACGGGCUAAUAAUGAGGCAGUCGAAAUCUUGGCAAAAACAGAGAAAGUCAAGCCUCUGGAGGGCUGUCCCAUGUCCGCAGCUGGUGCUGAUAAUGCCGACGGGUUUGAGAAGGUGGAGGACACUCAGCUGUCAGGGCCUGCUUCUCAGGUGGAAACUCAGACAAGAAAUGACACAGAAGAGGUGAAGGAAGAACAAAGCCCUGAAACUCAAGAGGCAGAGGCCGGCAAGACUGGUGACCCAGUGGCUGCAAAUGAACCAAACCCAAAGCUUGAGAACACAGAUGACCUCAAGGGUGAAAGUGCGCUUGACCAGGAGGUUGAAAAUGCAGGUAAAUCUGAAUCUGACCUGACUACAUAUAUUGCAGAUUGUGUUAACUUAGGCUCUGCCCAAGAGCAAAGCUUGGAGGAAAUGGAGACAGGCACAGACAGGAACAAGGUGCAACCUCAGGGGAGCCAGGGCACCCAGGAAUAUGUGCCCUCAAGUCUAUCCAUAGAAACUGAAGACCUGGCUGCUGCACCACCUGAGACAGGGACAACUGAAGACAUUGACAGCUGUGAGGAGGCCGAAUCACUGUUGCAGGAUGAACCGACUGACCCACUCAACAUUCUUGAAGAAAAGCAGCCAUCUGUGGACAACUCUGUGGAGCUAGAGAGGGAAGAGCCAGAGAACAUAGCGAUACCAGAAGAGGACCCCAGUGUAAAAGCACCAUCACAGGAAAGUGUGGAGAAUCAAGGCACCCAGGAAUGUGUACUCUUAAGUCCAUCCUCAGAAACGGAAGAACUGGCUGCCGCACCAUCUGAGACAGGAGCAACUGAAGACCUUGACAGCUGUAAGGAGGCUGAAUCACUGAUGCAGGAUGAGCUGACUGAUUCACCUGACUUUCCUGGAGAAAAGCAGCCAUCCAUAGACAACUCUGUGGAGCAAGAGACGGAAGAGUCAGAGAAUAUGGCAAUACCAGAAGAGGAUGCCAGUGUAAACGUACCACCAGAGGGCAGUAUGGGACACGGAGAAGAAUCUACAGAAGGGGGGCAGGGGAUCACAGAAGAUGGGAAUUGCCCUGGGAAAGAACACUGUGAUGAUGCUGAAGGACUGGGCACUUCCAGCACUGAAACAAAUAGCCAGGACUCAGGAAGAGAGAGUGGGGAAUCUGCUGACCAGCAGCAGGUAGACAGCAUGAUAGAUGAGGGCCUAUCCAAAGAAGAGGAAGACACAUUGGUGGUAGAAGAAAAGCUGGAUGAGGUUGAGCCUCUGCCCCAGGAGGAGGUGGACAACCACAAGGAGGAGGAUGAAAAUGAGGAAGGAGAAUCAUUUGAAUUUGAGGAUGAUCUUGAAGUGUCAGCAAAUUUGGUCUCAGGAGGAGGGACCCAUGAGGAUGAAGGAGCAGGAUCAACACCCACAGAAGGUGGGGGAGAACAGGAGGAUGGCAGCAAGGCCGAACCCCAAGCGGGGACCGACCAAAACGAGACCCAAGAUAAUGUGGAGGCCCACUUGACCAAAUCUGAAGAGCCAAGAUACGAGCCGGACACAGCGCAGGUUGAUAAAGUGCAAAAUGAGACUCAACCAGGAGAGGACGUAUUUGAGGAAGGGACAUGUACGACUGCAGCAGAGAGAAAUGUCACGCAGAGAACGGCCAGCCAGGAAACGGAGGAAAGUGUAUCACAGACCAACGAACAAAAUGGCAGGAGAGAUUCAUCCAAGAGCAAUAAGAAAGGCAAGGGUAAAGGCAAAGAAGACUGUCGCAUGUCUUAGUCCUACAAGCCUGAUCCUUCUUAGAUCACUGAUACUCUAGGAUGUCACAUGUCAAGUCUAAUUCAUAGUCGUCUUAAAGCAUACAUAAAACAUUCUUGGCUCUGAACCUAUCAAAGAAAGUUUUCUAUGGAAAGAUGGGCUUUAUGGUGGGUGGCAUAAAACAUGUUUUCAUGUUUUUAACUUCAUGUUUUUACAUAGUAUGCACUGCAGUUAAGAAGGAGUGAUUUAUAAUAUGGCAAUUUCAUGCUUAUUUUAGUAUAUGUGUUUUAAUAGGGGCUUAUAAUGUUACACUGAAUGUAGUGUGUCCUUGUUGGACACACUUACAAUAGCAGCAUAUCCACCACAACGUGUUUACAAUUAUCAGAACUGUUUCAAUGAAUUGCAAUUAUCCAUUAUUACUAUUAGUUGCUUUAGGUUAUCCUUAAACCCUUGUAUUGUCAGGUGUUUUACAGAAAAUGUUGUUUUGAUUGUACCCCUUUACUUCUUGCAGGAAGUAUUGCAUUCAGUUCCUGUUUGAUAUUUAGUAACACUUUAACAAAAAGGAUAGCUGCACUAAGAAGUGCAAUUCUGAGCCUGACGUUAUUCACUUUGAUUUCCCUCUUUAAUUUUUUUUCCAAGAAAUUGUACAUUUGUGCCAGGAAUAUUCAUGACAUUGAUGAGGCAAUAUGCUGUGCAGAAAAUCCUCUUAAAUGUAUCUGAUUAUUUCUCAUGAAUAUUUACAUGAAGAUGUAAAAUUGGUUAAAUUUAAAAUACUUUAAUUUAAUCACACAGUAAUUGUAUUUUGGCUUAUAGUUUACAGUAAGGAUAGUAUACAACAGAAGGUGUAUUUAUUUUUUUAUAUUGGUUAUCUAGGUUAGGUUAUUCUUGUCAAUUGUAUGGUUAUUUCCAGUUGUUGAUAAAUGAUGAUAUAUGCAGUUUGCAAAUGUUUAAAUCUGUAAAUCAAUUAUCAGCAAAUAACAUUUUAGUCACUUGGUUUUGUUUCAGUCGUCAUUAAGUUUGAGAUAUUCUUUCUGCUGUGAAUUACGGCUGCAGUGCUUAUUUCACCAACUGAAAUGAACUAAUUCUAAAAGUAUAAUCAUUUAAAUAGGCAAUUAACAGAUAACUCACCUCAAAAAUAGCCUACAAAGUUCUAAGUUAAAGAGAUCUCUAGACUAUGAGCAGUAUUUUGAAACGCUCUUAGUAUUCAGUGACUGCAAGAAAGAACACUACUGAGUAUUGGAGAAUAGCUUAUUCAGUUAACUAUACUCCUGCUUAAUAGAGUGUGAAGAACAGUGUCAUUCCAUGUCAUGUACCAAAGCCUCUUUAGAAAAGAAUUGCUUUAUGGUAAAAGGACAAAAGUAAAACGUAAUACACUUUAAAACUUUCAAAAAUACAUAUUUCUGAUUUCUGGACUGAUUUCAGAAUAUGGGGCAUCCCCAUGUAGAACCAUCCUAAUGUUCUGUGAGUGGUCACUAUCAGAGAGAAUCUUUAAAGCAGUAUGUCAUGUUUUUGUUUAGCUUCAUAGUGAGCAUGCAACACCAUAUACAAUUGGAUUCUUAAUGCUCUUGAACAUAUGAACCAUAAAAAAGCUGUUCUGUGGUUAGUUUGGAUUUUUUGUUCUCUGGUAAAGUUACUAAAUUAUAAACCGGGACUCACUUCUCUUUGACUGAAGCAGUAUUAAAUUUUGUUUUUUCAAGCUUACAUCUGGGCAUUGAUGCAGAUAGGUUGCCAAGAAGGGUCACUGGUCACAUAAAGUGCUUUCUUAUACUUUGACAAAGCUGUACCUGCCUGAAAUGCAUUCUUUUUCCUGUGCAAGAAUUAUAUAUUUAUGAUGAAAUAAAGCAUAAAGGGUUUUUUGUC